CAUUAUUCAUUCCUCGCUCUUUGACAUAUCGCCAACCACCACACCAACACAAGAGAGUGAGGAACACCUGUUAGAUGGUUAUGUACAUCAAAGGUGUCUACAAAGCUGAACAAUCAGCUGCCGCUUUCUCCUGAAGUGACAGAGGAUGUAGUCCUAGUUUUCUCCUCGAUUGCGAUUUUUUACCCACCACACCCGUUUGUUAGUUGAGAUGCUAGCGGUGGAUGAGUGAACACCGAUAUUUUGACUUCUCGAAUCCUGUAAUCGUCCGAUCAAACAAGAAUGGGUUUGGGUAAUGUGAAUGACACACCCUCGCCGAUGCCACGUCCCUGUAGGCCUAGCACAUUGUUUGUUUCCUCUAACAAUAACCAGUCUCACAGCUCAAACAAUGAAGUCGGAUGCCAUUGUUGUCCAUAUGGCUUCCACAUUGAUCUGGACUUUGUUCGCUUCUGUGAGUCAUUGUCCACUGGUGAACACCUCAAACAGAAGAGAGAGGAGAGACGUACUAGGAGGUUGCAGUGUAAUUCCAUGGAAGUCUUGUUGGGACUUACCACUCCAUCCUAUACAUCUGUGUUAGUUUCUUCAUCUCUACCUCCAAUCAUCGAUGUUCCGCGAGAAUCUGAAAGCCUAGGAGCUACGCUAGAUUCACGCAGCAGGCCCUCAAGAGAACUUAAUCGUGCCGUUGAUGACUUUGAAGCAACCUUCUCGCAAUCUUCUCGCCAUUCUCGAUCUUCCCAAAUCUCCUGCUUUGCUGAUAUAAUUUUUAAUUCCACAAGUUCAUUAGCCAAGGACAGUGAUGCCGAUUACUCCUUCGAGAUCAAGAAUGAAGCUCUUCAGUCGGUCCGUGGUCAGAUGGCUGCCAGUCUCGAAAAAUUGCGCGAGCUGGAGCAACAGGUCAAGCUCAUCCCAGUGCUACAGGUCAAAGUUUCAGUUUUGCAGGAAGAGAAACGUCAAAUGGCCCUUCAGUUACAAGAACUGAAAAACAAACUCAUUCGCGGAACAGGUCCGCUGAAAAAGGACAUGGGUGUUGGCACGUUUUCAAAUACGCUAAAAGACGGCGUAUCCCAAACAGAAAACUGGAUCAAGUCUAUGUCUAGCAAGAUGAUUCAAACAUUUUUGCAGCCGCUGACCGAAUCCGGGACGCAGACAAUUACGGAUGCUAAUGCCAACAAGUUGAUUGCAUCCAAAAUCUCACAAUUUGUUCAAGUCAGCAUGCCCAUGGCACAGGAAAUGGUGCCUCGAGGAAAUGCUGAGACACAAACAGAUCGAGAUUUGCAAGUUCUCCACCCGCCUCCAAUUACUUACCGUCCCAUAGUGUUCCAUCGACAUGUCCAAACUCAAGGGGAAGAAAAAGUCGUUCCGUCGUUUCCUCCCCCGGCACCGAAACCGAUUGUCUUGCACCGUCAAGUUCAAACGGACCGGGAACCAAUUCCUAGAACCAUCCAAUCAUCUCAGUCACCUACGUUACGUAGACCGAACGUAUUUCAUCGUCAGGUUCAAACAGAUUCUAGUCUCCUGGUUGCAACGAAGCAGGAGGGCUUUACAAUUGAUCGUCAUCAACAAAGAAAGUCGAUUGCUAUCGGCGAUGGCGCCAUUAACGAUGUUAUUUGCGAUCGUUGCCUUAACCUGAGAACACGACAUGUAUCCUGUGGAACCACAGAUCUCAUCCGCCCUGCCUCUGGUGUCAAUGUAGCUACGCAGUCGUACUCCGUUUGUCAGGAAUGUGAGGCACGGUCCAAAAUUGAUGCAGUGGAAACCAUUGAUCAAGAAAUUCAAACCAACGAUAGCUGCUUUAAUAGUCCGAGGUUGUCUCGAGUUUCUCGAUUGGGAGAAGGCACUUUUCCUCCUGUUCCUCAAGCCAAUGAAAGCUUAUUGCAGAAGGCAAAUCUCGAGCCCACAAACAGUCGCCUUCAGUCUGAAUCAGAGUCGGAAAGUUCCAGAGAAGACGACGAAAGUGAUUUGGGUUCGGAUGAGUCUGUAAGAGAGGAAGAAGACGAAGAAGAAGAUGAUGACGAAAACGAAAGAUUAGAACCGAUUCUUGAACCGGCUAAGCCCCGUAUAAGGGUGGAGCCCACAAUGGAGAUGAAAGCCGCCCUCAAGGUGUUAAAUGACUCGAUCCAUCGUCCACAAAGAGGAAGCUCCAAAUUGCUGGUCAAUGCCAUCGAAAUUGUACGACGCGAAUGGAUUCAGGUUUCCAGCACAAAGGAGGCUGACGCUCACUCGGUUGAAGAUUACAUGGAUUAUAUCGAAUCUUUAAGUAUGGCUUUGCUUGAACGAGUGGCAAAUCUGUCGGAUAAUAACGGCAAUACUUCUUUACAUUACGCAGUCUCGCAUAGCCAAUGGGACAUUGUUAGCCUUCUACUGGACUCAAAGGUGUGCUAUCCGCAGUUGCGAAAUAAAGCUGGUUACAGCCCACCCAUGUUGGCAGCUUUAGCUCAGCCAAACAACAAUACCGAAUCCCAAGUACUUCAGCGCCUCUUCUCCCUUUGUGACGUUAAUUCUAAAGCAACUCAGCAUGGUCAAACGGCUUUGAUGCUAUCGGUUAGCCAUGGAAGAGUAGAGGUGGUUCGUCUUCUACUUGCGGCAGGGGCUGAUGUUAAUGUUCAAGAUGCGGAUGGUUCAACUGCGCUUAUGUGUGCCGCUGAACACGGGCAUACAACCAUCGUCAAGCUACUGCUAGCCCAGACGGACAUCGAUCUACAUCUUAGAGAUAAUGAUGGUAGUACGGCCUUGUCAAUUGCUAUGGAAGCAGGUCACAAAGAUAUCGGUUUAUUGAUCUACGCGCAUAUGAAUUUUCAUGGGUCCAAAUCGAGCAGCACUACUUCGAGUCCGGUUCUUCCAACAGCCUCGCCUUCAACUACUUUAAGGCGAAAAGGUUCUCCUUUGCCUUAUUUGUAGUAUAGUUCAUGAAUCCCGUUCGUGCACACGUUGAUUAAAAAGAUUUCAAAUUUUCAAACUUAAUUGGUUUGGAGCUUUCCAUUAAUCUUUUUAGGCAGCUAUAAUGCAAUUCAACAUCACAAGUGCCAACUUUUUGUAACAUUCCAGCUAUGCGCAUUAGAAUAUUCGAGACUCAAUAAUAAAAAAUCUAGUACAUAAA